AUCCCAAAAAAUCCCCUCGGGGUGGCGGGGAGGGGAUUCGGGAGUGUGGGAUGAGGAUUUGGGAUGAAGAUUUGGGAUGCGGCUGCGCCGGGAGCCGCUCCAGGCUCUGUCCCCACUCUGUCCCCUUGCAUCUCCUGUCCCUGUCCCCAUCUCCCGUUCCUGUCCCCCUCUCCCGUCCUUGUCCCCAGCUCCUGUCCCUGUCCCUGUCCCCCUCUCCCGUCCCUGUCCCAUCUCCCGUCCCUGUCCCCCUCUCCUGUCCUUGUCCCCCUCUCCUGUCCCUGUCCCUGUCCCCCUCUCCCGUCCCUGUCCCUGUCCCCGUCCCCACCCGGCCCCUCCUGCCCGGGCUCCGCGCCCGCCGCGCUCGCAGCUGCUCCCGGAACGGCCCCGGAGCCGCGGGCGGCGGCGCGCGGGGCUCAGCUGGCGACAGCGGCGGGGACAGAGCCAGGGCCAGCAGCGCCAGCACCGCCAGCAUCGCCAUGGCAGCGAGCGGGGACAGAGGGGACCGAGCGGGGACAGAGCGGGGACAGAGCCGGGACAGGGACAGGACAGGGGACCCGAAAGCCGCGGGCCGCGCGGGAGGGAUCCCGAGCGCGGCCCUGGGAGGGUGGGACGAUCCCGGACGGAUCGGGGGCUCCGGGAGGAUCCCAAAUGCGGGGUGGGGGCGCUGGGAUCCCCCUGGAAUUGCAGCGCAUUUCCCGGUUUCCCCGAUUUUCCCGGUUUCCCCGGUUUUCCCGAUUUCCCGGACAAUCCCAGCAGGGCGAGAGCAGAGCCGGCCCCAAAGGUCGCUGUGUCCCGGCUGGACUCGGGAUCGCAUUCCCGGCUCUUCCCGGGAUAUUCCCGGGUUUCUCCCGGGCUAUUCCCGAGUUUCCGCCCUUUCACUUUUCCCUCUCCACCACAGGUGAAUUCUCCAGGAGGGAUUUAUGGGAUGGAGGCUCUGGGUGAUCCCAAAAGGACCCGCUGAGUCCUCAGGGAUCACCCGAGGGCUCCGGAUCCACCGGGAAUUCUGCUCCAGGCUCCCUUUUCCCAUUUCCCGGGUCCCUUUUCCCGAGUUUCUCGAGGCCGGCAAUGCCGCUCCAGGCUCCCUUUUCCCAAUUUUGGGGACCGGGAAUUCCGCUCCAGGCUCUUUUCCCGCUUUUCCCGGCCCGAAUUCCCGCUGGAAAGGAGCACCGGGAGCAGCUGUCGCCUUUUCCCGGCCCGCAUCCAGCGCGCCCCUCCCGGGGGGCUCCCGCGCAGCCAAUGGAAUCCCGAAUUCCCGGUUUUCCAUAUUUAUGAGGGAAAAGGGAGGGGGAGCGGGAGAGGCCAAUGAGGCUCCCGGGGUCGGGCCCAGGGUGGAUAAAUUGGGAAUUUUGGGGGGAGCGGCGAAUUUCCUCCUCGGAGGCUCCGGAGCGGCGCCGCCGCCCCGGGAAUUCCGGGGUUGAUCCCGGGUUCCCAUCCCGGAUCCGUCGCGGGACCUCGGGAGAACCCAGGGAAAGUUUUUUCCUUCCUCCAUGGAUGGAUGAGCGGAGCGGAUUCCACAUCCUGGGAAUACCUGGAGGAGAAAGCCCGGAGCCCGGGAAUGGUGCGGGACUCGGGACCCGUCGGGAUCUGACCCCCGAGGGCUCCAGAGCCGCAUCCUGACCCCAAAAACCCCAAAAACCGCGGGGAAAUCUCCAUCUCAUUUUGAUGCCUCCGGCUGCUCUCCCGGAUUUCUCCCGGGCCACGGAAUUCCCAAGGGAAACGCCCCAAUUCCCGGCUGGAGUGUGAUGGGGAGGAGGAGGAGGAGGAUCCCCACGGGCCUCGCUGGGAGCCGGGGACGGGCACCCCAAAGCCGGAGCCUUGUCCUGCGGAGGUGACCCUGAAACAGCGGGAUCAGCUUCUCCUGAGGUGUCCCCAGAUCCCUGGGACCCGCUCGGGGGUCACCCCAAAACACUUGGAGGUGUCCCCAAACCCCGGGAUCAGUUCAGAGCUGUCCCCAAAUCCCUGGGAUCCCUUUGGAUCUGUCCCCAAACCCAGGGAUCCCUUUGCUGCUGUCCCCAAACCCCUGGGAUCCGUUCAGAGCUGUCCCCAAGUCCCCGGGAUCCCUUUGGAUCCAUCCCCAAGUCCCUGGGAACCCUUUGCUGCUGUCCUGAAAUCCCUGGGAUCCCUUUGGAUCUGUCCCCAAACCCCAGGAUCAGUUCCGAUCCGUCCCCAAACCCCAGGAUCAGUUCAGAGCUGUCCCCAAACCCCGGGAUCAGUUUAGAUCCAUCCCCAAACCCCGGGAUCAGUUCAGAUCUGUCCCCAAACCCCGGGAUCAGUUCAGAUCCAUCCCCAAACCCCGGGAUCAGUUCAGAGCUGUCCCCAAGUCCCCGGAUCCCUUUGCCGCCGUCCCCAGGAUCAGUUCAGAUCCGUCCCCUCUCCCCCCGACGAUGAUGCUGAACUCGGAGCCGCCGGCCUCUCUCUCCGUCCCCUCGGCUCCCCCCGAGCCCGCUGCCGCUGCCGGUGGCGGUGCCGGUGCCGCGGGCCCGGCCGGGAAGGAGCCGCUGAGCCGCGAGGAGCGGCGGCGCCGGCGCCGGGCCACGGCCAAGUACCGCACGGCGCACGCCACGCGCGAGCGCAUCCGCGUCGAGGCCUUCAACGUGGCCUUCGCCGAGCUGCGGCGCCUGCUGCCCACGCUGCCCCCCGACAAGAAACUGUCCAAGAUCGAGAUCCUGCGCCUGGCCAUCUGCUACAUCUCCUACCUGAACCACGUCCUGGAUGUGUGACACGUCCGUCUGUCCAUCCCUGUGUCCGUGUGUCCAUCCCUGUGUCCACCUGUUCAUCUGCUACAUCUCCUACCUGAACCACGUCCUGGAUGUGUGACACGUCCGUCUGUCCAUCCCUGUGUCCGUCUGUCCAUCCCUGUGUCCACCUGGCCAUCUGCUACAUCUCCUACCUGAACCACGUCCUGGAUGUGUGACCUGUCUGUCUGUCCGUCCCUGUGUCCGUCUGUCCGUCCCUGUGUCCGUCCCUGUGUCCGUCUGUCCGUCCCUGUGUCCAUCUGGUCAUCUGUGUGUCCAUCUGUCCAUCCCUGUGUCCACCUGGCCAUCUGCUGCAUCUCCUACCUGAACCACGUCCUGGACGUGUGACCUGUCCGUCUGUCCAUCCCUGUGUCCGUGUGUCCGUCCCUGUGUCCACCUGUUCAUCUGCUGCAUCUCCUACCUGAACCACGUCGUGGACAUCUGGCUGUCCCUGUGUCCGUCCCUGUGUCCGUCCGUCCGUCCGUGUGCCCACCCUGCCCCCCCCGGCCCUGCUCCCCGGGCUUUGGAGCAGCAAUUCCAGAGGAACUGGAGCAGCAACUCCGGAGGGACGGAGGAGCCAAUCCCAGAGAUUUGGGGCUGCGAAUCCCGGGGGAUGGAGCAGCAAAUCCCUGAAGUUUGGAGGAGCAGAUUCCAGAGGGGGGAGCCGCAGUUCCCAGGGGUUUGGAGCUGCAGCUCCUGAGGAACUGGAGCAGCAAUUCCCAGAGGGAUGGAGCCCAAAUUCCCAGAGGAACGGAGAGCUGGGACAGCAAAUCCCAGGAGGUUGGAGCCGCAAUUCCCGGAGGAACUGGGAGCAGAAUUCCCAGAGAACUGGAGCAGGAGUUCCCAGAGCCAGCUCCCCCUUUUCCCCCCAAACCCUCCCCUCCCCCCGUCUGUGCCGUCAGGAUAUUUAUGGAACUAAUUUAUUUAUUGAGAAUUAUUAUUUAUUAUUAUUAUUUAUUAUUAUUAUGAAUUUA